AUGAUGCGAACUCCCCACGAAUUUCAAUCAACUGCCAAAGCAAACCCCUUCCAACACUCAACUCAAGUCAAUCAAACAGAUCGCACUUACGAGUGUGAUCACCCCGUCGUCAAGACGUUUUCUAAUCUUCUCAACUCAUCGCACCAUCCUUUUGCUGGUGCCCGUUGCUCUUCUCCAGCAGGAGCAUCGGACUCGCCGUUUGUUAGAUAA